AUGAUAUUAUUCCCACUGUUGUUGUUUCUUGCUGCUGUGUUACCCCCAUCCGUUCUUCGAGAAUACUAUGAGAAUAUGGAAAUCGAGCAUUUGAAAACCACUAGAGAGUCAGUCCAAGAAGAGAUUGUAAAGAAGCACAACCAACUGAGAAGAAUGGUUUAUCCACCUGGUAGUGACUUACUAAAGAUGCAAUGGAGCAAUGAUGCCCGAGUGAAUGCACAGAGAUGGGCAAACCAGUGCACUUACGAAGACAGUCCUGAAGAUUCCAGGACCACCAACAUAAAAUGUGGUGAGAAUAUCUUCGUUUCAGAGUACCCAGUAUCAUGGUCUUGUGCAAUUCAAAGCUGGUAUGAUGAAUCCAUAGAUUUAAGGUUUGGUUCAAACCCAUUUCCAGCUGGUUAUACUCAGUUCCGAAUCACCCUAUGA